AUGUCGUCAAUACUCUUAACGCUGCCAGAAAUCUAUAAUGCAUACAAAAAUUGGGUUAGAAAAAAUCCCCAAUCUUUGGGAGAUUGGGAAACAUCAGCGAAAUGGAUUUCCUACUUUAUAGCAGGAAGGAUAAAUAACUCCCAUGUUGUCUCAGAAUUGGUUUACUGUUUAUCAAACCUAUUGGUCAUGUUUAACGAUAUUAUAAUAAAGAAAAAUUAUUGCCAAAUGCAUUCUACCAAUUCCGCAGAAAAAUUAAAAUUGUGGCUUACUAUAAUCGAAUACUCUGAAGUAUUUUGUGAAUUAUCAGCAAAGAAACUCUGGGGUGUGACAGGAAAAUGGAUAAUAAUAGUUUGUAUACAAGUAUUUAAAUGCAUAACCCGACUGAUGCUUAUAUACCGAUACAAGGAAACUGUCAUACAACAUCCUCCUAUACCAGUACUAGACAGAAAAAAUAUAAAAUCUGCUACAAAUUUAUCCACGAUUGGAGAAAUGGCUCAGAAUCAGUUUGAUACAUCUUCUUUUAUUUUAAAAAGUUCAGGACGUGUAGUAAGAAAAAUUGAAGCAUCUCCUCCUCUCGCUUUAAGAACGUGGAAACCAGUGCCAAAAUCACAAAAUGUUUCCUGCAAGAACAACGAAUUAAUUGAAGACGUUCUUAGUGGCAGAAAAUUAAUAGCUGAAACAAUUUAUGUAACUAAACCAAUGAUACACUUAGCUUCUCAGGCAUGUUUUGGUACCAAAACUUGGAAGCCUUGGCUUAUUGCUUUAACUAUGGAUUUGGCAAGUUUGCAUCUGUAUAGGUCUUGUAGAGCAAUACCACUAAAUUCCCUAACUCCACAACAGCGCUUGCAGUUGUCUAAAAGACAGCUACUCCUGGUGUUGUACAUCAUUCGAUCACCGUUUUAUGAGAAACAAAGUCGAGAUAAAAUAAAUGCUCUUUUAGAGGCUCUCAGUAAGCACGUUCCAUUGGCUGGUUUGAUUUGCAAGCCCCUAGCACAGUACCUGCCGUUUUGGCAGAGCACUUAUUUUUACAUGUGGUCCACGUGACUUCUGCAGGUCACAUUUUACAAAGUAUUGUUUAAUAAAUAUAUUUUUAGGCAGGUUAUUUAAAGUUACUUGUUUUCUGUAACAUGUCAUUUUUAUCUGGUCAAAACUUAACUUAUUUGAGAAUAGAUGUAUUAUAGAUUUCGUAACUAUGUUGGAGGAAGGGGGAAAAGGGAACAAAACGUAUUUUUUAAAGGUUUAUUGUUGAAAUAUACUUGAUUUGAUCAAAUAUUUAUAUGUAGAUGAUUACGGUGACUAGUGAGAACGUAGUGGGAUAUUUUAAGUUAGAUCUGUAUAGUAUUUUUAUAUCAGUUUGGAAUAAACAUGGAAUAAAAAGUCAA